CUCCAGUAAACUGACAGAAGAAGAAGCUAAACAUUAUAGAAUCAUCAGGAGAUCUGCAUGUGUUGCAAAGAAAACUCAGAAAUCAUUGAAUUCAUAAGCAUUUCGCGAAAUAUUUCAUCUCUGACAGGUUGUUUUUAUGAGACUGUUAAUUGUAAUCCAACCCCUAAUGUAUACUGCGAUGUUUACACUGAUGUGAGCAGAGAUUAUGUUGAGAUUGCCUGGAUUUUUCAAUGUUGUACGCAGGGCUCUCUGUGUAAGCACAGAAGAGAUGGGCAAGAAAGGAAACUUCUUCUACGCGGUGAGGAAAGGAUUCAGACCAGGAGUUUACAAAACAUGGGAGGAAUGUAAACAUCAGGUGGACAAGUUUCCCGCUGCCAGUUUUAAGAAGUUUGGUUCUGAACAGGAUGCUUGGACCUUUGUGAGAGGCAAAUCAACAUCUUUUGAGAGUACAGACGGGGUUGACCAUGAGGUCCUGCCUUCUAGAAAUGUGCCCGAUGCCUCAAUGGCUAUUCCCCUCGGAAGAAAAAGAACCUGGGAAGACUCUCAAGAUGAAGGAGUGUCCAGUGUUAAACGAGCGAAACUGAUUGAGCCCCCACAGCCAAAGACAGCUGCAGUCAGUAGUGAUGGAUUUACCUAUAUGGGUGAUGCAGUAGUGGUGUACACUGAUGGCUGUUGUUCAGCCAAUGGGAGAAAUGGAGCACGUGCAGGGAUUGGUGUAUAUUGGGGGCGUGAUCACCCAAUGAAUGUGGCCGAAAGGCUUCCUGGGAGACAGACUAACCAAAGAGCAGAAUUACAGGCAGCUUGUAAGGCACUCGAGCAAGCCAGAGAAAUGAAUUUUAAAAAGAUUGUGCUAUACACUGACAGCAAGUUCACCAUUAAUGGCAUCACAAGUUGGGUAAAGACCUGGAAGACAAAUGGUUGGAGACUUAAAGGUGGUGGGAACAUAAUCAAUAAAGAAGACUUCCAAAAACUGGACAAACUUAAUGCAGAAGUUGAUGUCGUUUGGAUGCACAUUCCAGGCCAUGCUGGAUAUACAGGCAAUGAGGAGGCAGACAGACUGUCCAGAGAGGGAGCAGCAAAGCACCUGUGUUAGCGAUGAUAAUGUUCCUGCUGUUGUCAUGUUCAUUUUAUAAUGAUACAUGAUGUUUUAGUUGCCUGGAACUGAGUAUUAGUUUGUUCCCCCUUGAUAGCUAAUGCACUUUUUCUUGUUUUAGUCUUUUUAAUAAUGGUAGUAUUGAAAUGUCGAAAACAACCACAGAAGCAGAUUUUAUUCUUUUCUGAAGAGCAAUGCUUAUUCAUACUGUUUGUUUUUGAUUGUUAUGUCAAUGUAAUUUUGUGGUUUACAUCGAUUCCUUGUACUUAUUUUUUUUCUUCCCUCAGAAUACCCUUUUUCUUUUAAGCACUUGAGAACUGUUUUUGGGCUUUACAAGUGACAAUAAUUUAGUCAUCAUGCUUGCAUUAGUCAGCAGCCUGACCAUUUUUGUUCCUCUGCAAUUUGUUAUUGAUUCUUUUCCUUAUUUUUGAAUGCGUUGAAAAUGAAAGGUAGUUUUACUUUUGUGUUACUCUUAUUUUCAGAAAGCAGUUUUCAGUUGUGUCAUGCCCUGAAAUUUACUAAAGCUGAAAUGCCUUAACAUGAGCAGCAGAUGUCACUGCAGUUCACACUGGAGACUUAUUUAAUAAAGAAGGACUUGAUCUUAUGGUCAAAAACAUC